UGACACAAUGCCAUGGUUGAAGAAUCUCAUCAAAAUCUCCAAAACAAUUUCAAACCAAUCAUCAUCUUAUAACAAAUCUAUAACCCCAUUAGCCUCACCUUUACUUACUCAAUUUCUACAAUUCACUAAACAAUAUUCAACUAAUCAUCAUCAUCAUGAUGUUGUUGGUUUGGAAGCAACAAAAAGUGACCAAAAACCAAGAAUUGUUGUGUUAGGUUCUGGAUGGGCAGGAUGUAGGCUAAUGAAAGACAUUGACACAAAUAUUUAUGAUGUUGUGUGUGUGUCACCUAGGAACCAUAUGGUGUUCACUCCAUUAUUAGCAUCUACUUGUGUUGGUACUCUUGAGUUUAGGUCUGUUGCUGAACCUAUUGGAAGGAUUCAACCUGCUGUUUCAACACAACCAACUUCUUUUUUCUUUCUUGCUAAUUGCAAUGCCAUUGAUUUUGAUAAUCAUAUGAUACAAUGCCAAACAGUGACAGAGGGAGUUGAAACCUUGGAGCCAUGGAAGUUUAAUGUUUCAUAUGACAAGUUAGUCAUUGCAUCUGGAGCACAUGCUUUGACAUUUGGAAUUAAGGGUGUAAACGAGCACGCUACAUUUCUUCGUGAAGUUCAUCAUGCUCAGGAAAUACGGAGGAAACUACUUCUAAAUCUCAUGUUGUCUGAUGUGCCUGGAGUUAGUGAGGAAGAAAAGCGUAGACUCUUACACUGUGUUGUAGUUGGAGGUGGUCCGACAGGAGUUGAGUUCAGUGGCGAACUUAGUGAUUUUAUCCUGAAGGAUGUUCAUCAAAGAUAUGCUCAUGUCAAAGAUUACAUUCACGUCACGUUGAUUGAGGCAAAUGAGAUAUUAUCCUCCUUUGAUGAUCGUUUACGUGUAUAUGCAACCAAACAGUUGACUAAGUCAGGAGUUCGUCUUGUACGAGGCCUUGUCCAAGAUGUGCAACCGGAGAAGAUAAUUCUUAGCGAUGGCACAAACGUUCCCUAUGGUCUGUUAGUGUGGUCUACUGGUGUUGGCCCUUCACCUUUUGUCAACUCACUUGAUAUACCAAAAGCUAAAGGGAGGAUUGGAAUUGAUGAAUGGUUACGCGUCCCAUCGGUACAAGAUGUAUACUCAAUUGGUGAUUGCAGUGGUUUUCUUGAGAGUACAGGCAGACAAGUUCUUCCAGCUUUGGCCCAAGUUGCAGAGAGGCAGGGAAAAUAUUUGGCAAGUUUGUUGAACAAGGUGGGUAAAGAAGGUGGAGGGCAUGCCAAUUGUGCACAAAACAUAAACUUGGGAGAUCCAUUUGUCUACAAACAUUUGGGAAGCAUGGCUACUAUUGGAAGAUACAAGGCCCUUGUCGACCUUAGAGAGAGCAAGGAAGCAAAAGGUGUAUCUCUAGCAGGAUUCACAAGUUUUUUUGUUUGGCGUUCAGCAUAUUUGACUCGUGUAGUGAGCUGGAGGAACAAA